AGCGUUAGGUCUCUCGUGAAAGUCACACUUUUGUAGGGAUGCACGAGUAAUAAAGCGACGAAACAUGAUGAAGAGUAUCCCGCCGGGUGACGACGUAAGAAUCAAACCCGCAAAUGUCUUAGGAUUUUAUUGAGCUGUACUUAAACUAUAGCCAGGACAGAAGAUCAUAUGUCAUCUUGUUCUUUUGAAGACCUGUUUUUUUUUUCGAGCUUAUCAUCUGGACUGCACGAUCUAUGGUCCAUCUGCAUCCUUUAUAGACCAAAUAUGAAAAUUGAAGAUAAUUAGCGAUUCUUUUUUGGUGGAAUACCUGGCAUAUAAGCUUAACAAAUUUUCUUGGUUGAGAAUUUUGAGACCACUGCAAAGAUAGUAGCAGCCUUCGGUUCCUCUUCCUACAUAAUAAGCCGUCGUAUCCAUGAUCUUUCUAGGACUGAGACUACGCUUUUAUAUAAUUUGACAAGAAGAUGUCGUCACAGUAUCAAGAUGCUGGGGGCGCAUACUCCUUGGAGUGGCGUAACGUGACGAUUCGCACUGGCGACAAAGCCAUCCUGGACAAUGUGAGUGGUUUUCUCCCUGCUGGCGAAACCUUGGCUAUUUUGGGUCCCUCGGGGAGUGGCAAGACCACUCUGCUCUCCUUGUUGGCUGGCGUGUUUCGCCCGCGUUCCAGCAGUACCGCAACGCAGGUGACGGGGCAAAUAUCGGUGGGAGGCGGACCCUUCGUGGAAGCGUCGGAGCAUCCGUUUUCCCCGCACAUGGCCCAGAUCCGCAUAGUCGAGCAAUACGACACGUUCCUUGGGUCCUCGACGGUCUGGGAGCAUCUCAUGCUGAACGCGAAGCUGCGGCUUUCGCACCUGCGGAGCGAUGCCGAGAGGGAAGAGAGCGUGGUGAAGAUUUUAGACCGGCUACGUUUGGGAGGCUUCGAAAGUGUGCGCAUUGUGGCCUUGUCUGGCGGACAAAAAAAGCGUCUCAGUGUAGCAGAAGAGCUGCUUUCGGAACCGGCGAUUCUGUUCCUGGAUGAGCCUACGAGUGGUCUCGACUCCACAGUUGCACGCGAGGUUGUGGAAAUUUUCUACCCAGAAGAGCAUACCGAAAAAAUGACCAAAGCCGUGUACCCGACACUGUCAGAUGACGCGAUCAUGUUGGCUGCCUCUCCGGGGCCGCGGCCACGCGGCCGACUGUCCUCCUCGAUGGGAGGAGGAUACCCCACAUCGUCGCGACAACUACUUGCACAAGAAGGAGAUGAGGUGCUGGACGACGACGGUGAUGCAGGGGAUGACCUGCCUGAGGUUUUCGAAGACGGCACACACUUACCUCGCGUUGAGUCUCUCAGCAAGCAUUCACAGCGCGAGUGCAAAGAGGCUUCAGUCAAGAAAAGUUUGGUCGUAUCAGCUGUCCAGGAAGACGAAGACAUGGCGACGGGCGGUCAGGUUGUAGAAGUUGCCAAGCAGCAACAAAAAAAUCCUUGGGAUCUUGCGCGCGCGCGCAUUGCUGCUGCGGCAGGGAUACUCCUAUUUGAAGGCAGCGCAAUGCCGCAAAGAAGCACGAAUUAUAGAAAUGAGACUUCGUCCACGACCAUAAUCUACACGAUCCACCAACCGUCAUCGCUAGUGUGGAGUUGGUUUAGGUCAACCUUGUUCCUAGCUGCGGGUGAGACGAUCUAUUUCGGGCCUGCGAAGGAGGUGAUUCCGUACCUCGAGAAGCAUUUAGGCUCAGACUGUGCCAAGGGACACAGCGCGUCCGAGUAUGUCCUCGACACACUAAACUGUGCGAACGCACUGGAGCGGCUCGGCGCGAUUCGGGCCAAGGAGGGCCACGCAGGAGCGGAGCUGCGCGCACUCCAGGAGCUAGGACGAAAUAAAGCAAGUAUGUUGAAGGAUCAGGACGCCUUGGAGCAGGUGAAGAUGAAACGCGGAUCUACAGAUGAGGAUGACUCGCGGCGAAGCAUGUACGCACCUUGGUGCACUCAGUUUUCAGUGUUAUGGAAUCGGGUGUUUCGGGAUCGCCUGCGCGAUUUUGAAAAGACUGUUUUGCAAGUCUCGGCCAACAUUUUCGUGUGCGUUAUAGUGGGCAUGUGCAUGUUUCGCGUGGGCGUGCGUCCCCAGGACCAGGGAGCGCGCAUCGGCGCUGUGAUGCUGGUCGCGAGUUUUCCCUUGACGGCUGAAGUGAUCGCAAGCUGCAUGUACCUCAUCAUGCUGCGACCGCAAGUGGAGCGUGAGUACACCACGAAGCGGCUGUAUCACUUGUUCCCAUACUGGCUGGCACAGAGGACCGGGAAUAUUUUGACCGAGUAUAUGUUUGUGGCUGGGGUCUACUCCACUUUCAUGUUUUUUCUCGUGGGCUACUUCCCAGACUACAACGCGACCAAAUACUUCACGCUGCUACUUCUGCUCCUAUUAGUGCAGACCGUCGCCCAUGGCUACGGGAAUGUAUUGGGAACUCUCGUAGUGGACCCGCGCAGAGUCAGCUUCCUCGUCUCCCUGUUCGUCCUGCCCUUCAUGUAUGUCAGUCCGCUGUCUUCACCAGGCCUGCGCAUUCCAGUGUGGCUUGCCUGGCUACAGUACUGCUUACUAUAUAUAAUUGAAUGAGUACUUGUUCGCUAAUAUAGAACUUCUUGUUCCUAAGAUUGAGAACGAGACAAAGGUUACAUUUGCACCGAGCAAGUAAGACUAUUUGUUCACUUGAGAAUUCUAUUCAUAGACUUUUCUCAACGACCACGGACCAUGAUGAUCAUGAGUAAACAGCAUGGAGCUAGAUUGAUACUACAGAUGAUCUGUACAAAAAUGAUAAUGUUGAAAAACGCAGCACCAUGAUCUCUAUCCGCAUCUAAUUUGUCUAGGUACAUUUCGCCUUAUUAUUGGUGUGGCAUUACGCUCGUUUGGUGGGCCUGGAGCGGCUACACCAUGACGGAUCUGAACCCUUCGGCGGAGGAUCUUCGGAUUUCGGCUAGGUUUUGCGUCUUCGAGGAUGGGCAGGGUGUGCGGCAUGCCUGCGAAGGUAUAAGGCCCGGUGCCCCCACGACUGCGGCGUCACCAACACCAGCACCAGGAGGCCAGCAACAGCAGGCGAACUUAGCUCCAAAGCAGCAACAACAACAGCAGCAGGGAGCCUCCCUGAGCGUGUGGCCUGCUGGAAACCUGACGCCGGACGCGUCUUGGAAAAAUGGCGGCAAACCAUUCCUGUUCUUGGAUGGAAGCAAAGAUAUCCUUCAAGAAUUCUACAAGAUUGAUCCGAAUAACCCGUGGAGAGCCUUCUAUCUUCCUCUUCUGAUCAUGCUCGCCAUGAUCAUAUUCCACAAUCUACUGGCGUUUUUUCUCUUUUCACUCCGCUACAAAUACCAAAGUAGCUGCUCCGCGAUGUGCGCGGCAAGAAAGCGCCGCCAGGCUGUGGACAAAGAGAUGAAUAAUCGUGCAAAACAAGGCGCAACAGCCGGAGAAAAGAUAGAAGAAGACCAAGAUGGUGAGGCCCAAAGUUUACUCUAGGUGUUCUUGAUCAUACAGAAAUCGUCUCUCCCGUUUGAACAGCAUCGGAACUAAUUUGGGAGAACGAGAAGAAGAACGCCGGAGGAUUGGGUUUCCACUCUAUUCCCCGCGUGCUGCAAUCCAGUCCACACACAUAAUGAACGUUUAUAAUUGAUGAUCACAACCACGUCGUAAUUACUACGUCGUACUAAUUACUACGUCGUAUUAAUUACUACGUCGUAUUAAGUAAUUACUACGUCGUACCACUACGCCGUUUCACUGAGUGGGUAGAUUACCUUUCGUACUAAAUAGAUACAUAGGACUUUACAAUCGGGUCAUUGCAUCAGAAUGUCCCUAAGCGCAUAUUCCCUUUCAAUUUGUAGAAGCUUUUCUAGAGACGACGGAAAGCGUAAGCACUAGAUCACAGCCUUAGCCUCGGUCGAUUGAUGCACUUUCUCUCGAAACGUAUAAAGCGCCCUGGAUGCCAAUGCUCUUGUCUAGUACCUUUUCCUACCGAUGCUACAAU